AUGUCAUCAUCAUCCAAUCCACCUUUAGCACAAUAUCUAAUCCUUUCGUUGCCACAAUCCAUCAAUGCCCAUGAAUGGUUAGAACAAUCUUUAAAUAAUGGACUUUCACCCUUAUAUAAUCUUAAAGUUCCCGAUUUCCAAACGGGGACAUUAGAUUCUUUGGUUACAGAAAGUGAAGAACUUGCCAAGAUUGAUCAACAAUUAGGUUCCAGUAUUCUGAAAAUCAUUGAUAUCUUAAAUUCAAUUAAUGAUACUCCAUCUAAAACAUUUGCUAGAAUUGUUCAACUGAAAUUAGUAUAUGAUUAUAUACAAAAUUUCAAUUGGAAUACAUCCAAAUAUCGAUUAGAUAAAUCAAUUAAUUUUUUAGUUAAAUUAUUAAGUGGAGAAGCAAUUGCUUUAGAUAAUGAUGUUAGAGCAAGUUAUCAAAAUUAUCAAACUGCUAAAUCUAAUUUCUUAGCUGCUGAUCGUAAAAAGAAUGGUGAUUUAUCAAUAAAAUCAUUACAUGAAAUAGUUAAACCUGAACAAUUUGUAUUAGAUCUGGAACAUUUAACUACGAUUUUAAUUGCGGUUCCAAACAAUUUAGUUAAUGAUUUUAAAGGAGCUUAUGAAACUUUAACAGAAUUUGUUAUCCCUCGUUCAGCAGAAUUAAUUGCAAAAGAUCAAGAAUUUAGUUUAUUUACUGUGACUUUAUUUAAGAAAUUUCAAAAUGAAUUUAUUAAUUCAAGUAGAGAAAGAAAAUGGCAUCCAAGAAAUGAUUUUGUAUAUAGUGAAGAAAUGUUGAAUAAUUUAAGAAAAGAAUUUGAUUUAACAAAAGCUAAUGAAUUAAAACUGAAAAAUGAAUUAAUUAGAUUAGCCAAAACUGCAUAUUCUGAUAUUAUGGCAAAUUGGUUUCAUUUGAAAGUUAUUAGAGUUUAUGUUGAAGCAGUAUUAAGAUAUGGAUUACCACCACAAUUUGAUAAUUAUUUAAUUAAAUUUGAAGGAAAUAAUUUAAAAAAUUUAUCAAAAGCUAAAAAGGAAUUAAUUGCAAAAUUUGGAUAUCUUGGUGGAAGUGAUUAUACUUCUCAUUCUUCAAAUCUUCAUGAAUAUGCUUCUUUAGUAGAUGCUGAUUAUGAACCGUUUGUAUUGUAUGACUUGGAAAUUAAUUAA